AUGGCCGACCCCCUCGACUCGAUCGUGAAGGGCGCCCCGGCGGCCGUGCCUGGCCACGAGAUCCCCAAGGCGGUUGCCGGCACCAGCCCGAUCGCCUCGUCCGCGGGCAAGGCCGGCGACCCGCUCAUCCAUACGCCGAGCUCGCCGUCCAUGAUCUACCUCAACCUUCUGAUCCUCGAGGCCUCGCUGCGCGCCCAGUAUCUCGAGCUGCGCGCGCGCCGGCGGCACCACAGCUUCUUCCUGACGCUGCUGUCGCUGUGGACGGUCGGCUUUGGAUAUGCGCUGUUCUUCGCGCCCCGAGAGGACGGGAGCGGAGUCGGCGGCUCGGUAUACUGGGUGGUGGAGACCACGGAAAGAGUCUGCUUCCUGGGAGGAGUCAUAACGGCGGUGCUGGUGUGGGCCACCGGCAUCUGGGAGCGCGGCGUGCGGUGGCCACGGAAGUGGUUCAGUACAUCGAAUCGGGGGUUGAGGGGCAUCAAUUGCAAACUCAUCAUCAUCAAACACUCGUGGUGGGCCGAGACACUGUCCACCGCCGCCUGGUUUCUCACCUACGGGCUCUUCUCCAGAGCGGCCGGUUCUUCUUACCACUACGUCGACCCGUCGGUCCUGCGGGAGGUGGACAAGGAAUUGAACCUCACCAGCCAUGGCCAUCCCAACCUCCCCAUGCUUGGCGAGGACGAGGAGAGGGGCGGCCACGAGGAGGACUUGUCUCCAGGGGGUGAUUACGUGAAGUUGCUGCUUCUGGCAAAGCCCUUCUCGCCGACGUUCAGAGAGAACUGGGAUAUCUACAGAACCGAAUACUGGAUCCGCGAAAACGAGCGGAGGGCACUUAUCGGGGCUAGGCUUAAGGAGCGUGAGCGGAAGCUACGAAAGCAGCACGGCGGCUGGUUCUGGUGGCUGCCCUGGCGACGAGUGGUGGUCGACAAAGCUCAUCCCGGCCGUGCCGGCGACCUGGAGAAGCUGCAGCAUCCCCGACAUUCCGCCGUUGUAGGGGAACAUCGGCGCACCCGGAGCGGUAGCACUAGGAGGGGAAGCAUGUCGGGGAUGCCGUCUCGGAGCACGACACCGUCUCUCGAGCCGGAAGAGUCUGGGGUCAGUAGGAAAGCCAGCACGGCAUCCAGUGCGUCGGAGAAGAGGCGGAAGAAGGUGCCGUCGAUCUCUCGGGCCAACAAGCGGCCAGCCGUAGAGCCUCGCAUUGUGCCGACGUUUGAGAACAUGGACUCGAGUCAACUUACCCAUGAGGACCUCACAAUCAUAACCCAGGGCAAGACCCAGAUGGCCAAUGACAGCACUUACAUCUGGCGCUACGAGUCACGGCGCCAGGCCCAGCCAGUCUUGGAUUUCCUCUAUCUUGGACCGUCGAGCAUCACCAGGGAUCGGGACUUCCUCCAGAAAGAAGGGAUCACUAUGCUUCUUGCGGCGCGAGACUCGAGACUCGCCGGCGCAAGACUCAUGUCUGCUGAAAGGACUGCGCAGGAGUUAGGAUUAGCCGUCGAUUACAUUGAUGUCUCCAGCCGGCAAGAGCUGAUCCGAGCAUUUCCUCUCGCAGUCAAGAAGAUCAACGACCAUCUGAUUCAAAGGUACCGAAGCCAGGCUGUCCAGGUACCCGUUGUACCGGAGAGUCGGAUGGUGAUCAACAGCGCCAACUUUAGUACUGGGAAAGUGCUGGUCUUCUGCGAGACCGGUAAUGACCGCUCUGCCACCGUCGUUGCUGCCUACUUGAUGAGCAUGUUCAACUCGGAUCUCGUGAGGACGUUGCAGUUCAUCAACCUUCAACGGUUUUGCGUGAACUUCGAUGACGAGACCAAGUUCCUCCUCAGAUCAUACGAGGAUAUCAUUGCGGCCCAGAGGUCGGUGAAUGGGAGCAUGGGUCAGACGGGGCCAGCUGCCACAACCAACCACACAGCAAAGAGGAGAAUCGCCGAAAGCAUGGAUGAAGACGAAGAUACUCAGGGAACCGAGCAGAGCGGGUUUCAGUUCGACACGGACAGGUACAUCGGUCGAGAUCCAUUCGCGCCGUUUGUGGAUGGGGAUGUGUCGAUCUAUGAUUAUGAUGUUUGA